AACAAAACGCGGAUCGGCUCAGCUAAAAUUGAAGAAAUCACAAGAUAUAUAGAAUUAUUUCGACCAUAAACACCUUAUGGGCAUCAUGGACAACAAUGGCGUGGGCAAGCUGACAGAAGCCUCUCUGAAACGCAAAGAACGCCUACAAAAACUCCGCGAACAAGCGCAGAAUAAAGGAGGAGACUCGUCGGAGCUCAAUGAAAAGUUACCCAAACCCGUUUUUCGGAGCUACAAACCACAGAAUGAGAGCACUGAAGGCGAAGUUUUGACCCAGGAGCCUACGGGAAACAUAGAAACCGCUGUGGAAGACCAACUGAGUCUGCUGCAGCAGCCCAUGGUGAUUGAUGAGAUUGAUAUAUCCAACCUGGCACCUAGGAAGCCCGACUGGGAUCUCAAACGGGAUGCCAGCAAGAAGCUGGAGCGACUGGAACGACGCACCCAAAAGGCCAUUGCGGAACUCAUUCGGGAGCGGCUGAAACUGAACCAAAUCGAGGACAUCAGCCAGGCGGUGAACGUGGCCACUGCCCAUGCAGGUGAAAGUGUCCACGAAGAUUAUGACUAGAGCCGAACAAUACAACUAACUUUACUAAACUUGUACAAAAACGAGAAAUGCACUAACAAUAAGUUGAA